AAGUGCUGCGUAUGGUAGGAAGUACAGUAGAGAGAUUAUAUGAGCAGGAGCGUGCAAAUGGACACGUGGCAGAGGCUGGCGCAAACCACCCAGGCACUAGCGUGGGAUUUGCUGCGGGCAUUAUUUUUACAGAUCGCUGCCUACGAGACGAUGUCUUGCGAGAAAAGCAAGCGGGGGGUUCUCCAAAUAACAAUAAACUUAACCAUCGUGAAAGGUUAAUCGUAAGUGAUGUUUCCAACCGGAGUUCGCUUCCCGCCCGGGUUUUUCUGCUUGCCGAGCCCUGCGCGCAAUAAACGAUUUUGGGUCGCGUCUUUCGGCUAUCUCCGUCUUGCGCAAGACUUAAAAUUCGAAGGACACGUCCUGGCAGUCGAGAAGUAAAAGGCAGCCAGUUAGUUUCCAACCCUCGGCCGGCUUCCCUUCCCCGGGGACCAUAACCCGGGCGGGUUUCUGCUGCGGGAUCUCAACCUUUUUGCGCGGUGCGCAGCCUGCUGCUGCGUUAUCUGCGGAUACCUCCGUGCGCGCCGAGUAGAAGAAGCUGCUGUCUAGACCCAACCUUUUGCCGAGGGAGAUCGGCGUCUAUCAAUUAGACGCAGAGGGGGGAAAGGUAGAUCCGGCAUACGCGCCUCCAAUCCGGAUUCACCCACCACUACUACGGCUGUCUGUGGAACGGCCGAGCUGCAAACGGGCGCAUGGAGACCCCCGGCGUGGAGAGCAGCGCCUAGCCACGGCUUGAAGGCGACGCCAGGCCCGGCGUUGGAGCGGACCCUGCUUCAGCCGCUCCCGAUUUCUUUUCCUCUUCCUCCACCUGGCUGGGGGAUCAUGAGCGGCUGGGCCAGGCUCGCCGGGCUCCUGCUGGCAGUCGCCGGAACCCGCGAGCUGCAGCCUCCUCGCGCGCAAAGGAGAGGCGCCGGUGCCGCCGGCGCAGAAGAGGCAGCGCAGUUCGACAAAAUCUACUCCGGCCAGGUCAACCGAGCCGCCGAGCGCCUUUACACGUUCAACUACACCAGCAAGCCGGGCCAGGUGGAUGCAGUCCGGGUUAAUGUACAGAGUAACUCUGAAGAUCUUCAGUAUCCAGUCUUGUUUGUAGUUCGGCAGCAGAAAGGAGUGCUAUCCUGGCAAGUCCCACUUAUUUUUCGAGGCCUUUACCAAAGAAGUUAUAACUACCAAGAAGUGAGCCGUACCCUCUGCCCUUCACAGCCCACACCUGACAGUGGACCUUCUGAGCAGAUCAUAUUUGUAGAUGUGGCUUCCAUGGCCCCCUAUAAUGCCGUAUACGCACUGCAGGUCACCAAGAUUAAGAGCUUCCAACUUAUGUCGAACACUCCUUUUAGCUUCAGUGCCAGCCCUUCCCAACCUCAGUAUUUUCUGUACACGUUCCCUCCAGAUGUGGAUUCUGUCAUAGUCAGAGUGACUUCCGAGACAGUCUACCCAUGCUCCGUUGUCUCCAUCCAGGAUAUUGUGUGUCCAGUUUAUGAUUUGGACCAUAAUGUGGAAUUUAAUGGCGUUUACCAAUCCAUGACAAAACAGGCAGCCAUCACUGUGCAGAAAAAGGACUUCCCAAGCAUGCAGUUCUUUGUUGUAUUUGUCAUAAAGCCUGAGGACUAUGCCUGCGGGGGAUCAAUACCUUCCUCCAUUCGAGGAAAGGCUAACUACACCUGGAACCUGCAGCGCAUGAAGAGUCUUGAAGUGACAGUUGUGCCCUCCAUUAAAGGUUCUGUUUAUGUGAACGCCAUCCUUUUCAGCUUUCUGAGUUUCUUCUCAUUCUAUCUGGGCGCAUUGGUGGUUGCAUUUGUGCACUACGUCAGGAACCAUAGGAAGCCUUCAAUUGCCGGACACAGUCCUGAUGAUGGGUCUGGGACUGUGGCCUCCUCUCAUCCUAUCACUGCCAGCACUCCUGAGGGAAGCAGCUAUGGAGCUAUUGAUGAGUCAAGCUCCAGUGGGGGCCAGCAGCUGUCUCUGGAGCGCAGGCCUCGUCAUGGCUCUGACACAGACAGCUCAGUGGAAGAGGAAAGCGACUUUGACACCAUGCCUGAAAUUGAAAGCGACAAGAACGUCAUUCGCACAAAGAGACUGCUAUAUCUGUCAGAUUUAUCCAGGAAGGAUCGGAGAAUUGUCAGCAAAAAAUACAACAUUUAUUUCUGGAACAUCAUCACAAUAGCAGUCUUCUAUGCCCUGCCUGUGAUCCAGCUGGUGAUCACGUACCAGACGGUGGUGAAUGUGACUGGAAACCAGGACAUCUGCUAUUAUAAUUUCCUGUGCGCUCAUCCACUGGGCGUCCUGAGUGCUUUUAACAACAUCCUCAGCAAUGUGGGCCACUUGCUGCUGGGUUUCCUCUUCCUCCUGAUUGUGUUGCGUAGAGACAUCCUCCACAGACGCUCUCUGGAAGCCAAAGACACCCACACAACGGAAUAUGGGAUUCCCAAGCACUUUGGCCUCUUCUAUGCCAUGGGCAUUGCUUUGAUGAUGGAAGGUGUCCUCAGCGCUUGCUAUCACGUCUGCCCCAACUACUCUAAUUUCCAGUUUGACACCUCCUUCAUGUACAUGAUCGCAGGGCUGUGCAUGCUGAAGCUCUACCAGACCCGCCACCCUGACAUCAAUGCCAGCGCCUACUCUGCCUACGCAUCCUUCGCGGUGGUCAUUUGCCUUGCCGUGCUUGGAGUGGUUUUUGGAAAAAAUGCUUUGUGGUUUUGGAUCCUCUUCUCAGUCAUCCAUGUUGUGGCCUCACUUGGUCUCAGCACCCAGAUCUACUACAUGGGUCGUUUCAAGAUAGACUUCGGGAUUUUCCAGCGUGCGGUUAUGGUCCUCUACACAGAUUGCAUCCAACAAUGCAGCUGGCCAAUGUACACAGACAGAAUGGUCCUGCUUGUUGUUGGGAACCUAGUAAACUGGUCCCUUGCCAUUUUUGGACUGGUAUAUCGGCCGAAAGACUUUGCCUCCUACCUGCUGGGCAUCUUUAUUUGCAAUCUUCUGCUGUAUCUUGCUUUCUACGUCAUCAUGAAGAUCCGCAGCUCAGAGAGGCUUCUGCUCAUCCCUCUAUUCUGCAUCGUGGCCACAGCCGUGGUUUGGGCUGCAGCCCUUUAUUUCUUUUUCCAAAACCUUAGCAGCUGGGAGGAAACUCCUGCAGAGUCCCGAGAGAUAAACCGCCCGUGUAUCCUUCUGGGAUUCUUUGAUGAUCAUGAUGUUUGGCACUUCCUCUCAGCAGCUGCACUGUUCUUCUCCUUCUUGGUCCUAUUGACUCUGGAUGACGACUUGGAUUCUGUGCGGCGAGACAAGAUCCCCGUUUUCUGAACCACAGGAAGUUUUGGUGAUGCUUACUCAAACACAUUGUGUUGCCAGCCCAGGACAGUUGACAUAAAACAAACUUGUUAGUGUACACAAAGCACAUCAAGUACACACUGGGAAGAAAUCUGUUCAAACCAACUGGCAAAUAAGGAAGACCUGAACAGAGGACAAGAAUCUUUUUGCAACUAGAGGGCUCAGGCUUGUAUGCCAGAUUGUUGGUAGAAAGCAAAGAGAAGAGAAUAGUUAACUGGGGGUGGGGGGGUGUUACAGAUCUUUUUCAUCCAUCUGAUGAAAAAUAAAAUUUACUCCCCAAUUUUAAUUUUAGUGGUGGAACUUACACUUUCACUCACUGCCUAGAAACAGCGGGUACCAAACUGCUUAAUUUAUCACCAUUAGUUUACAAUGGAGCAUCCUAUCUGUUCCUGUACAAUAUACUUGAAUGCUUUGACACCCCACCCCAUCUGCCAAUAACAGCCCACCAUUUUAUUUAAAUUCCAGUUUAAAAAUUGCACACACCCUGUACCCUUCUUCCUCGGAGAGACAUUUCUUAGCGAAUUUGAAUAGCACAGCUGAAAGGGAAAAGCACACACCUCAGAAAGGAGCUUUCCAAUCUGGGCUACAGACGUUCUAUUCCUCAUCCACAAUCUGCCACUCCUCUCCCUGCCAUCAUGUUAUUAUUUAUAAAGCCAUUUUUCAGUACAACCACCAGCCCCCUUUAACUGAAUUGCUAGUGUUGGUUUUCUUCUCAAAGAGGGUAAAAGGCUCUGUGUAUUGCAGUGUUAGCAUACUUCAAGGUCUAUGAGUCCCCUAUCUCUUCUGGCUGUUGCUGCAGCAGACUGCUCAUGAAUUCUUUUAAGAAAGCUGAAAUUAUUAUUAUUAUUAACAUUUGCUAUGAAUGCCAAAUGGAUUAUUUUCUUAAGUAUGCCUUUCUCUUGGUAAGAGGAAGAGCAAUGGUUUUAGGAAGCAACUCUUACAUUUUUCCUAAAUUGCUUUAUUUUAGAUUAUACAUAGCAGGGCACUGUGUUUUUGUUUGUCCCCUGCUUUGCUAAAUUCUUGAAUAAAAAGUUGGUUCACUAUGACUAGGUAAGGUAGUAGUUAUUCAAAAAGUGUAUCAACGGAAUCUACCAAAAUAUCAGCCCAUUUCGCUGUUAAUUCUUAAAGCAGCUAUCAAACCAGCUCAGAAUGUGCUGUCUGCUUACCUAACUAAAAGUACCGUAUUUUUCGCUCCAUAGGACACACCUGACCAUAGGACAUACCUAGUUUUUAGAGGAGGAAAACCAGGAAAAAAAAUUGCUUUCUUGAAUUGCCCUAGGCAAAGCAUCCAACUCCUAGAGGCCUAGGUGCCUUUGCCCCCCCCCCAAUUAAAUAUUUGAGGAAGCUUCAUUUGCAAAGGGGGAAAGCUCCAAUUUUUUUUAGGGUCAGCUCAAAGUUGUGCAGCUUUUUUUGCAAAUGAGAAAAGCCCCGUUUUUUUGGGGGGGGGGUCAGCUCACAGUUGUGCAGCUUUUUUGCAAAGGGGAAAAGCUCCAUUUUUUAGGAUCAGCUCAAAGUUGCUGAGUUUUCUUGCAAAGGGAAAAAAAUCCUGUUUUUAUGGGGUUCAACUCACAGUUCUGCAGCUUCUCUAGGAAAGGGACCCAUUUCUACAGUUUCCAGACAGAUAAUCUAAUCAGCCAGUCACAUGUCUCCCUCUGCAGACAACAAUUGAGACCUAGGUGAGGGGCCAGGAAGGGAGCUAGCUCUCUUAUCUCCCUCCCCAAUCUCUUGCAUCAGCUGCUGAGCGGGUUCCCUCUUGUUAGCCUUUAGCUCUUUCUUUCUUUCUUUCUUUAAAAAAGCAGGAUAUGCCUUUAGCCGCUGGGCAAUUCGGCUCCAGGGACCAUGCAUUUGCGCCGUAAGACACACAGACAUUUCCUCUUACUUUUUAGGAGGAAAAAGUGUGUCUUAUGGAACGAAAAAUACGGUACUUUUGUAUCAGAGUUUUAGGUGCUGAAAUUCUGCACUGAUGUUUUCACAACGUCGUGUCAAAUGCAAUCAAAUGUUUAAAGGAAACCCGAGAACUCAAAACAAGAUUAGUUCCAUUCUUAUAUCAACUUUAAAAAAGCGGGGGGGGGAACCCACCCAAAGCUUCUUCUGCACCCCUAACUUGUACCUACUCCAUGUCUGCUGCCUGGAGGUUGAACUCAAGAGUCUAAAGCACGGGUGUCAAACACAAGGCCCGGGGGCCGAAUCCGGCCCGCCAGACCUCGUCAUGUGGCCCGCCGAGCGCCCCAGCCAGCGGGACCCAGCAGCGGCACCUUGCUGCUGAAGCGCCGCGCUGACAAAGCGCCGACAAACAGCUG